AAAAAACUAGAAUGGAGAAUAAUCAAUCAAAUAACAAAACAUCUAAAGAAACACCAUGUUAUAAAGAACAAUGUGCAAUACAAAAAAAAAAAAAAUGUAAAAAUUUUCAAUAUUUAUGGAACACUGAUAACAAAUCUUUUGGUACAUCUAAUGAACAAAAUUUGUCUAAUAGUUCAGCAAAGUUGCAAGAAAAUUGUCAUCGAGAUGCAGAAGAACUAACUACACCUAAAAAAAUGUUAAAACAAAUAAAAGUUUCUGAAUUAUUAAGUGAACUCUCACUAAAACCUACAAAAAAAAAGAUGGACGACUAUAAAUUUUGGAAUACACAACCAGUAUCUUCUUUUGAUGAGAAAAUUACAAAAGAAGGUCCUAUUGAUGAUAGUAAAGAUCUUGAAAAAGUUAAUAAAGAGCCAUAUAUGCUUUUAAAAGAGUUCGAAUGGACUACUCUAGAUCUUGAUGAUAGAAAAGAGUUAACAGAGCUAUACCAACUUCUUACAAAUAAUUACGUUGAAGAUGAUGAUUCAAUGUUUCGAUUUGAUUACUCAACAUCAUUUUUAACAUGGGCAAUGAAACCACCUGGAUUUUAUAAAAACUGGCAUGUUGGAGUACGUGUCAGUGCAUCUCAAAAACUAGUUGCUUUUAUUUCAGGAAUACCUAUUUCUCUACGUAUCAGAGAUCAUAUUAUAAACUGCAGCGAAAUAAACUUUCUAUGUAUACAUAAGAAACUUAGAUCAAAAAGAUUAGCACCUAUUUUAAUAAAAGAAAUAACUAGGCGCUGUAAUCUUUUAGGCAUUUGGCAGGCCAUAUAUACAGCAGGAAUUAUACUUCCUAGUCCUAUAUCUUCAUGCCAAUAUUAUCAUCGCAGUCUUAAUUGGCAAAAAUUAUAUAAUAUAGGAUUUUCUCCCUUACCUAGAGACUCUACAAUAACACGACAAAUUCAAAAAUUUAAACUUCCACAAGACACAUCAACUCCUGGUUUAAGGCCUGCAACAAUUGAUGAUCUUGAACAAAUCUCAAAAUUAUUAAAAUCUUUUUUAAAAAAAUUUGACCUUUCUCAAAUGUUUUCUGACGAUGAAAUAAAACAUUGGCUUAUUCCAAGUAAGGAAGAAAACGAAGAUGGAAAAACACUCUUUUCAUAUGUUGUUGAAGAUCCUUCAACAGGAAAAAUAACCGAUUUUUUUUCAUUUUAUUCUCUCCCUUCUAGUAUUAUUUCAAAUACAAAGUACAAAACUCUUAAUGCAGCAUAUCUAUUUUAUUAUGCAUUAGAAUGCGGUGUUAAAAAAAAUAUGAAUCAAAUUGAAUUUAAAACAUAUGUCGAUAGAUUAAAUCUUUUAAUGAAAGACUGCUUAAUUAUUGCAAAAAAUUUUAAUUUCGACGUUUUUAAUGCACUGACACUAAUGGAUAACCCAUUUUUCCUUGAAAAUCAAAAAUUUGGUCCAGGAGACGGGAAACUAAAUUAUUAUUUAUUCAAUUAUCGUGCAAAAUAUAUAAAUUCCGGUAUAACAGAAACAGGAGAACUAGAUGUUAAAAAUGGAUCUUCUAUAGGUAUUGUUAUGUUAUAGUGAAAUAUCAUUUGUGCCCUAUUAAUUAACGAUUGUUACUUAAUAGAUUAAAAUAUUAUCACUAAAAAAAUUAUAAUGAAAGAUACUUCUUUAAAAGAUUUAUAUCUUUUUUUUAUGUACAUCAUUUUAUUGUAUAAAUUCAAA